AUGGACAAAAAGGCUAUUGAUCAGCAUUUUAUCACUCCCCGCACUCCUUCUUAUGGCACUUUUUUGUCAUGGCAAGCAACGCUACUGAACCACAAAGCAAGAGGCGCAAGUACGGAGAUGUUCCACUACGGUGUCUAUGCUGUAAAAGAAACUUCAAGGGGCAAUAGAGCAACAAACAAGGGAAGCUUACUUCAUCAGGUCUUUCACAACAUCUUAUGUCAACCGCAAAACCAGGUUUUAAGAAGGACCCCUGCUUUGCCAGGGCUUAGUCAGUUGAUGAGAUUGACUUUAAAGACUCCGGUUAAUCACUAUUCCAAUCCCCUUCAAGCUGGGGACUCUGUAAGCAAUAUCACUAGCCCUACUGAUAUUAUGCCAGGCUUCGAACCUGACGGUGGAUCAGAAGAAGACACUGCUGCCAUGGAAGAAGAAAAGAACAAGACAGAAAAGAAGAAGGGGUCAUUUGGAAUGCUUUGGGAAGCCACUGUGUUGGCUGAUUUUCAGGAGUUUGUGUCAAAGACUCUUUUUGCCCAUUAUUCUGCUCCAGAAAGCAAGCUUAGCAACCAACAAAUCAACAGCCAGACAUGCCCAUCUAAACUUCCACCUCAAGUAUCUCAGGAAGGGCUGAGGAAUUACAUCCACUCCCGUCUCAACAACAAUUUGGAUCCUAGUUUUCAAACAGAAGACAAUGGAGAAUCUGUCAACUUUGAGUAUGAUGAUGACCACGAGGAGGAGGAAUCGGCAGAACUUUCCAUAGAGUCAGAAGCAAGGAACAAUCCAAAUGGGUCCUUUGUAACGGAUCUUGAUGUAGGAUCCCAGUAUGGGGCUAACUAUUUUCCUAAUGAUAUUACAUUGCCAACUAUUAAUUUUGAAGUGGAUGAUCCACAUGCCCCCCAACCACCUCUUCACAACAUCCCCAAUCCUGAUUCUUCCAACUACCUAUUGGACCGGCUGAAACAAGAAGAGUACAACGGGGAAUUCAUGCCACCAUCUAUCAGCACCAAGAUGGAAGCUGACCUUCACCUCCUUUGUCUCACGGAUGGUCAGCCUCCUAUGUUUCUGACGUUCAAGCAUGGGCCCACAAAGCGACCAAGAAAGAGCCUAAUCUUUUUCUGUCGGACCCGACCACUUGGUCUGAAUUGUUUACUCAGCUUCGACUUUUCUGAUGGAUGA